AUGGCUUUCCUGGACAACCCAACAAUUAUACUUGCUCAUAUUCGGCAGUCGCACGUGACCAGUGAUGACACAGGGAUGUGUGAAAUGGUCCUGAUAGAUCAUGAUGUUGACCUCGAGAAGUUUAAUCCCUCAUCAGCAUAUGGGGACAGUGGUUCAGAAACACAGGGAAGCAAUGGUGAGACUCAGGGCUAUGUAUAUUCCCAAUCAGUCGAUAUUACCUCAAGCUGGGACUUUGGAAUCAGAAGACGAUCAAACACAGCUCAGAGACUAGAACGUCUGCGGAAAGAGAGACAAAACCAAAUAAAAUGCAAAAAUGUUCAGUGGAAAGACAGAAAUACUUCUUACUCAGCAGAGGAGCUGAGCUCACUGUUUGAAAAAAAGAAUUUCAGAGUAAAAUCUCCAUGUUCUGGGAAGCAGUCAAUACUGUCUGUGCGACUUGAACAGUGUCCGCUGCAGCUGAAUAACCCCUUCAAUGAGUACUCGAAAUUUGACGGGAAGCGUGCACAGGUCUGGUGUGUUCCCAUCGACAUGAAUGGGUCAGGCCCUCGGCGCGCCGCGGGCGGCACAUCCGUGCAGCGUGCCCAGGAAGG